UAGUUUACGGUAACCCUAUGUGAACUCUUUUUUAAUGCAUCCCUGCGUUUCAAUUGCAGUCAUCAGCCAGCCAGUCAGUCUUGAGAAAAAUAUGCAAUAAAUUUGGUGAUAUUUCUUAUAGAAAAUACUGGCGAUUUUAGGAUUAAAGUGAUUGAACAUUUUUCUUGGUAAUCGGAAGAUUCGAGUAACACGAGAACUACUGCAUAGUUGACGUAGGGACUCCCUCAACGUAAGUGCGAUAUAUAUAUUUUCACUGCACUUAGGAAAUUACUGCAACAAGCAAAAACUGCAUACGCUAAGCUACACGGAAGUUAAGAGGAGCAGAUUAAAUAUGAAAUCAUCGGUGAGAGGUUUGCUUUUGUGCUGCCUUCUGGCAGGAGUAUUCUCAUCGGUUUACUGUCAAGAAUCCAGCAAUGCUACGCUACCGGUCAAUAAAGCCAACGAAACAACUCCAAUUACGGCUAAGAAUAGCACAGAAAUAGCAAGCACCACGGAGACAAUCACAACAGCUACUUCAAAUGAAACAAAACCAACAGUCGUUCCUACAACACCAACCCCAGUUCCAAAUAUAACAACUUCCAUAAAACCCGACCCUGAAACGAACACAACUAUUACACCAUUACCAACCACUACCCCUCCUGCUAAUAAUACUACAACUGUUGCACCAACUCCGCCACCUACAACACCAACAACUCCAUCACCUACCACACCUACUACACCUCCCACCACUUCAACAACCACCCUUGCUCCUGACAACAGUACCACUACAACAACCACACUGGCUCCUGAUAACAGCACUACUACAACAACUACUACAACAGCUGCUCCGCCAACUCCCCGCCCACCAUGCAAUCACUUCGACUUUCCAUCCUUCAUCGGUGGCAUUGUUUUGACUUUGGGCAUUUUAGCGAUCAGUUUGGUCGCUUACAAAUUCUACAAGGCACGCAAUGAACGCAAUUAUCAUACCCUUUGAGCCGCCACCGCUUUCACAUCAGCAUUUAAUGCAGCAGCUAAUACUGCGCCACCGAAUUCGUCCAUAGAUGUGGAACGUGUACGCUUUGUACAGCCCUCGUUCCCGUUGCGCUCACCACCACCAACGCAACAGACAUCAACGGAAUCAUCUGGCGCACCACCAACAUCUUCACCAUCCGUCAGACAACGGCUGCUGCAAACAUAAUUAUUGAAUAUUACAAAAAAAAAGUUGUAAACAAAAGUGGAAAGAUAAAACUAAAGUAAGCUACGAAUACGCAAUAAAUCGCGACUUCUAUCCCUUCAUAUUACAUUUCUAUUAAUGCAACAACAAACAAUAAUUGAUAACCUUUUUCUGCACUACAUAUAUGUAUGAAUAACAAAACGACAUAUGUACAUAUGUUGUAAAGCGAUAAUGUAAUACAACAAAUGAACAAAUAUUCUCAUACUUUUACCGUUAAAAACAAAACGUUGUAAUUUGUAUAUUAAAAUAGUGCUGCUCUAAACUAAUGCUUAUUUGCUCGUGUUAACUGAAAAAUAUUAAUUUAAACAACACACAUUUGCGGUGCAUUAUUUGAAAUGAUAUAUACAUACAUAACUAUAUAUAUAUAUAUAUAAAGGUCUAUUUCUUUUUAAAUAAAUAAUCAUUAUGUAUUUGAGACUGUUUGAUAAGUAUGGCGUUCUAUAAAACACAAAUAGGGCGCUAUCGGGAAGCGAAGACUUGUACAAAUUUUUCACUCGUUCAAUCGUCGGUUCUAAGAAUGCGGUAUAUAAAAUUAUUAUUCUAGCAGCAUAUUCGUAAAAAUUUUUAAUGCAUGUAUACAGAUACAUUUAAUAAACAUAUACACAUAUUAGCCAUGUAAACACUGCACUUGCUGAUAAGUGUGCUCGCGCUUUGAUUGUGACCGUGUGUGACAGCAGAAAGUUUUUGCAAACAUCGGUAAAUACAUACAAAUGUAUGUAUGUUUAACGCGAUUGAAGGAUUUUUUAAUUGACAUCAAAUAUCGUAUUGGCGGUGAAUUGUUUAUAAUGAUAAGAAAUACAAAAAUAAUAAUUAUGACUUACGUAAAUUGUGAAAAGAAGAUUUAUUUAAUUAAAAUUAAAAAAUAAAAAUAUAUACAUAUUUAGAAAAUAGACGUUCUUUCGGAAAUACAUAUGUAAUCCCUUAAUUGCAUUUUAUUCUAAAUAAUAUCGGAACAUAUAAAUGUUAAACAAACAAAUUAAUAUUUGCAAGUACAUACAUACAUAUAUGUAAAUACAAAAAAGUGUAAUAUAAUGGAUGUAAUUAUUUUACAACUUCUUGCUUAAAAGAUGUAAUUCAACUACUAUUUACCGUAUGUUAGUAUUUUCUUUUAUUCGUAUUUGGUUUACGCUAUGAUUUCAAUAAAUCUUCAAAUAAAAUAUA